AACUUGAUUGCGGGAGGAUUCAGACGAAGACUUUGAUCCCACGACCCUUGAUUCGAGGGUUGGAAUGCGAAAGGGCGACGGCGACGUCGAUUCCUCGGUCGCCGAAAUGAUAAACGGCCGGACGCGGUCGCUGGGGAUUGGUGGCCGUUGCUGGGUGCUUGACUUAUCGAUCGGCCAACUACCUCCUCUGGAUUUUUUUUUAAUUCCGCCGUCUGAUGAAUAAUUUAUUGUUGGGAGAGGAAAGAGAGAAUUGGAAGGGGACGAACGGGCAGGAAUUAAGAGGCGUCCUCGUCGUGCCUCUGUAUCCGCUGCCCUCUCUCUCUUGCGACCUCCUCACUUCAGGCCGCCAGAUCCUGCAAAAUCCAUCGUCUUCUUCCCCAGUAGGAAGAUUAUUAAUGGGCGAUAUAUUAUUUCUAUUCCCGGCGUUCCUUGUUCCUUUUGUAUCCCUGUUUUCCUGUUCUGUUCUUGAGUUGAUGUCUGUUCUCCUUCGCGUUCUUUUUUAAUCGAUUUCUUCCUUGAAUCGUUCCGUCGAUUGAAAUUUCGUUCUAUAUUUUGUGGGGGAAAUCUCUGUUAUUGGUCAAAAUUUGAGCUUGCCGAUCAAAAUUUGAUCUUUAUGUGUCGAUCCUGGUUGGGGGUAUAGGAGCUUGGAUCCAUGGCUGGUAGGAAGUGCCGUGUACGGUUCAACGUGGGCGGGAAGAUCUUCGAGACUACGGCGACGACGCUCGCCAACGCCGGUCGCAACUCGAUGCUCGGAGCCCUCCUCGAUGAGUCGUGGAACGUCCGGAAGCCGGAGGAGUCUGAGUACUUUAUCGACCGCAAUCCGGCCUGCUUUGCCGUGCUCCUCGAUCUCCUCCGCACCGGCGAACUCCACAUCCCGCCCAACAUGCCGGAGAAGCUGCUCUUCCGCGAGGCCCUCUUCUAUGGCCUGCUCGACAAGGUCCGCGCCGCCCGGUGGGGCGCCUUCGACGGGAACCGCCUCCAUCUUGCCAGCUCCGUCUCCGGCCUCGCUCCUGGCGACGGGACGGCCAUCCGUGCUGGCCCUGAAGGCGGCUGCUGCGUCGCCCACGGCAGCAUGGUCCACGUCUACGAUUGGAUGCUGGAAGCUCACCCACCCAUCAGCCUCGACUUCCAGCAGGUCAACGACGUCGGCUACAUCGACGCCGGCAGCAUCGUGAUCACCGCCCGCGAGCGGCUGGGCAAGGGAGACGGCGGCAUGGGCGUUUUCUCGGCCUCCACCGGCGAGCUCCGUCACCGUUUCCGCGUCACACACUACGACCAAGUCAAGAGCUUCACUGCCGGCGCGCUCAGCUUCAGCAACGCCGACCGGAAGAUCUUCACCAGCUGCAAAGGGCGCUGCAACGAGUACGGCAUCGGGGUGUGGGACCAAGACACCGGCGAACAGGUUGACUUCUUCUACGAGCAGCUGGAUUGCUCGCUCGGCGACGCCGACAAGCUCCAGUGGCUCGACGCCGACAAGUGUCUGAUGGUGGCGACAUUGUUCCCGAGAAGAGACACCAGCUUCAUCGGCCUCUUAGACUUCAGAGCCAAGGGCGUGGUGUGGUCGUGGUCCGACGCCAACGCAUCUGUUUCGGCCUCCCUCGACGAGAAGCGCGUCCUCCACGCCACCGCCGUCGAAGAAACCCGCUCCAUUUGCGUCGUCAACCAAUACGACGACCUCGGUUUCAUCGACUUGAGGAGCCACGCCGGCGGCGUGCGCUGGAGUUCGAGGAGCAAGCUCAUGAACCGGAAAGCUCCCAACGAAGAGAGCUGCUACCCCAAACUCGCGACGCACGACGGCCAGCUCUUCUGCUCCAUGAACGACGGCAUCUCGGUCUUCUGCGGGCCCGAGUGGGUGCUGACGUCCACGCUCAGGCGUAGCUUCGGCGGCUCGAUCUGCGACUUUUCAAUCGGCGGCGACAGACUCUUCGCCCUGCACAGCGAGGAGAAUGUGUUCGACGUUUGGGAGACACCUUCGUCUCCGAUCAUAUAGCCUUCACCGAUCGGCAUUUUCGCCACCAUUCCCUCGAUUCUCGAUCAAAAAACAUAGUUUAAAUCUGAACGAAACAAAAUCCAUACUUCAAUAUCAUCGAUUGUACAAAGAGAAAGAUGCUCCUUCCUUUUUCCUAGUGUGGUUUUGGAUGUUGCCGUCCUGCAACUCAAGCUUUUUUCCUUCAGCUUGAAUCGAAAGCGAGUUGGUCCCCUGUUUUUUUUUUUUCAAUUAUGCAAAUCUUAAAGAUUUCGUCCUCUUCUUUCA